UUUGCUGAGGACCUCGAGCUGGGCGCCGCCGCCGGUUCGUCUAUCCUUUUCCUCGGCCGCCUCCUUUCAACCUUGUCCACCCGUUGGCGCGGCGUCUGGUGCAGCGGCGGCGGCUCCCGUUCCUGCUGCAGCUCUCUCCCCUCCCUCCCUCCCCGCCAGAUUCCCGAGUUCUCCCGCCAUGGCUUUACUCACUGCAGCCGCCCGGCUCAUCGGAGCCAAGAAUGCAUCCUGUCUUGUUCUUGCUGCCCGGCAUGCUAGUGCUUCCUCCACGAAUUUGAAAGAUGUAUUGGCUGACUUGAUACCUAAGGAGCAAGCCAGACUUAAGACCUUCAGGCAGCAACAUGGCAAGACAGUGGUGGGCCAGAUCACUGUGGACAUGAUGUAUGGUGGCAUGAGAGGCAUGAAGGGGUUGGUCUAUGAAACUUCAGUUCUCGAUCCUGAUGAGGGCAUCCGUUUCCGUGGCUACAGUAUCCCUGAAUGCCAGAAACUGCUGCCCAAGGCUAAGGGUGGGGAAGAACCCCUGCCGGAGGGCUUAUUUUGGCUGCUGGUAACUGGGAAAAUCCCAACAGAGGAACAGGUAUCUUGGCUCUCAAAAGAGUGGGCAAAGAGGGCGGCUCUGCCUUCCCAUGUGGUCACCAUGCUGGACAACUUUCCCAACAAUCUACACCCCAUGUCUCAAUUCAGUGCAGCCAUUACAGCCCUCAACAGUGAAAGCAACUUCGCCCGAGCAUAUGCAGAGGGCAUCCACCGAACCAAGUACUGGGAGUUGAUUUACGAAGACUGUAUGGAUCUAAUUGCAAAGCUACCUUGUGUUGCCGCGAAGAUUUACCGGAACCUGUACCGGGAAGGCAGCAGUAUCGGGGCCAUUGACUCUAAGUUGGACUGGUCCCACAACUUCACCAACAUGUUAGGCUAUACCGAUGUUCAGUUUACUGAGCUCAUGCGCUUGUACCUCACCAUCCACAGUGACCACGAAGGUGGCAAUGUAAGUGCCCAUACCAGCCACCUGGUGGGCAGUGCCCUUUCAGACCCCUACCUGUCCUUUGCAGCAGCCAUGAAUGGGCUGGCAGGGCCCCUACAUGGACUGGCAAAUCAGGAAGUGCUUGUUUGGCUGACACAAUUACAGAAGGAAGUUGGUAAAGAUGUGUCAGAUGAGAAGUUACGAGACUACAUCUGGAACACACUCAACUCAGGACGGGUUGUCCCAGGCUAUGGUCAUGCAGUACUAAGGAAGACUGAUCCACGAUAUACAUGUCAGCGAGAGUUUGCUCUGAAACACCUUCCUCAUGACCCCAUGUUUAAACUGGUUGCUCAGCUAUACAAGAUUGUGCCCAAUGUCCUCUUAGAGCAGGGAAAGGCCAAGAAUCCUUGGCCCAAUGUCGAUGCUCACAGUGGGGUGCUGCUUCAGUACUAUGGCAUGACGGAGAUGAACUACUACACAGUCCUGUUUGGGGUGUCACGAGCAUUGGGUGUGCUGGCACAGCUCAUCUGGAGCCGAGCCCUGGGCUUCCCUCUAGAGAGGCCCAAGUCUAUGAGCACGGAUGGUCUGAUGAAGUUUGUGGACUCUGCGUCAGGGUAAAACUGAGACUAGGUGGAAGCUAACUACCAGAAGUGAGGGAGCUCAAAAAAAAGGUAUACUUUUGUUUCAGGGGGCAUUUAAAGAUUUAAGAUUAAAUUGUAUCUGAGGCACGGAUAGUAAGUUUGAGGUUACAAUAUAAACUAAAACUUUAAAAGAUGAAAAGGGACCCCUUGCCUCCUAACCCCAACCCCUUCCCCCUGCCUGGUAUGAGUUGCCCACCAAUCAUAGGAUGACCAGGACUAAUGCAUGUGGUGUGGGUUAGAUCUGGCUCCUCUUUCCCUGGGUCAGAGCUGAUUGCAGAGAAUCUGCAGUCCCUUCGGAGCUUUUGGUUCUGCAUUUCCCAGCCCUCAAUAGGCCGGCAGACCAGGACUCUGCCCGAUCUGUUUCCAUAGGAAUAAUGUUGGGUCGCCAGCUGCACUAAGCCCCGCUGCCCUCUCCCAUGUGCACAGACACUUCCUGGUGAGGUCUACUGGUUAGCUGGGCCUGCUUUGGGCAUUUUUUUAAGCUACCAGAUGAUCAUAAAGGCCAUGGCAUUUGUCGUUACUGGCACCCAGUGUUUGAUUUUUAUUUCUCUUAAAAUUAUCCCAUAAAAAUUCAGAUCUGGGAUUGUUCCAUCCCCUACUAGUUUAAUACCUCCUUUGAGAUUUUCUAUUCGUGCUGAGCAUCAAGCUGAGGAAGCUCUAGACCUUCUGCUCCUGGUCCCUGCUAGAGACCUCUUGCAGCAGGUUGUAUAAACCACUGUCUGAUACAUGGCCUUUCCCAGUCAUUUGGCUUUAUGAGUGCUUCACAUGAACUAAGUGUUUUGUCCAUUACCCUGACCUCUUUUUUCCCUUUAUUUUAGUUUGCUGUGGGCCAUAGAAUAGGGACUUGGGAAUGACCAGCAUGAUAGCUUCAUGGUCUGGUCCCAGGGGUACUAGUACCUUUUUCUGAGCAGGGAAAUUAUUUAAGUUUGGACAUGGUCUCCUUUGAAUAUCAGGUUCUAGGGCCAAGGGCAUUAAAAAUAGUCAGCCUCCUCAUCCCCAGCCACAAGAAAAUAUCCCUUUAUUUAUCAAAGUCCUUACCCUGGCUGCCCUGUCCCUGAGAGCUCCCAGUACAGUGUUUGCUUUAGAAGCCCCAUCUGCACAGGUUUCAGUGACUCAGAAUGCUCUGCUGCCUUUUCUUUAAGAAAGGAUUGACAUACACUCCUGCUGCGCCCCUUCCUCCCUCACAACUCCUGCCUGUGUUUGUGUGGACCCCCUGAUCCCAGAACUGCGCUGUUGAGAUGGACACACGGUCUGUAAACCCCUGGGUGACUUGUCAAGUCAGGAUGCAGACUUCAGGUUGUUCUGUAUAAAAUGCAAAAUAAAUGUUUUUAUUAACAAUGA